AUGGAAAAGAGCCUUUUAGUGUUUGGAGGCAGCGGAUUUGUAGGGUCAGCUAUAUUAAAGUACGCUGUGUCCCAAGGAAUUAAAUGCAUGAGCAUUUCGAGAAGUGGGAAACCUAGGCAUCCAGAACCAUGGCAGACCAAUGUGGAGUAUAUUCAUGGAGAUGCUUUAGAUCAAAGCUCCUAUAUAAAUCUAAUCCCGAAGGCAUCAGGUGUGAUACAUUCUAUUGGUGUCUUAAUUGAUUCAAGAACUCCUCUGAAUAUUUCAAAAACAUACCAAGGAAGCUAUGAGCAUAUAUCUAUUUAUUGUAAAUGAUGAGGGGUUUUUUAUAUAAAAAACAAUAGAAAAUUCAUAAUAAAUAGGUAUAUGAAUCGAGAUACAGCAUUAAAAAUCUGCGAACUUCUAGAAGGAAAAGACAAAACUUUUGUAUUUCUCAGUGCUGAAAGAGGUAUGUGGUUCUCACCAAGAUAUCUGCAAACAAAAAGACAAGUAGAAGACUAUUUAGCCGCAAACAGAGACAAAAUUCCAAGCGUGGUACUUAGGCCAGGCUUUAUGUUUGACAGCCAAGACUCUACCAAAAAUUUAUUAGCAACAGGCAUCAAUAUGCUGAACUGGGGAGAUGGUCCUUUGAAAUGGGCAGGCUUAAAUUGGGUAUCAGAAACCUUUGUUCCUAGCAAAAGUCAACAUGUAGAUUCUGUCGCUAAAGCUGCAGUUCUUUCAGCAUUAGUUCCUGAAUUUAGAGGGAGAACUUUAAAUGUAAGUGAUAUUGACGAAGUUGCACAAAAAUAUGAAAAAUUCAAUGCAUAG